CAAGCCGAGGGCGACUGUGGGUACCGUACCGUCGCUGUUCCCCAAAACGUUGAGAAACUCGAGACACCUCCCCUCCUGCAUCUCUCUCUCUGUCGCUGUGUUGGAGCAGGACUGAUGAAGGAAUGAAGGAAGGAAUGGAUGAUUGAUAGAGCAGGUCAUGGCCUCCCUCACUUCCGCCGCUUCUCUGUUUCCUGCGACCCGCCUUCCUCCUCUCAAACCUACGGCCUCGCCCUUCCUUAAACUCUCCCGCCCCAAAACCCCCGACAAGAGGAGGAGGAGGAGGAGGAUCGGGAAUGGGGCGUGCCGGGCCGAGCUCUCCAACGACGCGCCCAUCGCCGCCGCGAUCGGCGCGUGCAUGCUCUCUUCCCUGGUCCUCCCCGUUGCCGCGGGAUCGGAGGACGAGGAGGACGGCACGGCCGUGGGCUCCUCCACGGACACGAGGUUCGCCGUGAUGGGGAUCGUCAGCUUCAUCCCCUACUUCAAUUGGCUGAGUUGGGUGUUCGCGUGGCUUGAUACUGGGAAACGACGCUAUGCGGUGUAUGCGCUUGUUUACUUGGCUCCAUACCUGAGGUCAAACUUAUCUCUGUCACCUGAAGAGAGUUGGCUGCCAAUUGCUAGUAUACUUUUCUGCAUUGUGCAUGUUCAGCUGGAGGCAAGCAUCAGAAAUGGAGACAUUGAAGGUUUUCAAUUGUUUAACGAGGCUGCAAAGCUUUUCUCCUCAAUAUCCGGAAAGAAGGAUGAUCAUCAGGGAUUCUCUGAGAGCCAAAGAAAGAACAUGAAUUUGCCAUCUUCCGAUACACAAGCAAGAAAUGAGAUUCGGCAGUGGGAUGUUCCUCGAAGACCCUCACGAGAUGAGGAACAUAUGACUGGAGAUUGGGAUGACAAUGAGACAAGGGAGAAGUAAAUCUAUGAGGUGCAAAAAUGUAGGUGGACUCGAAUGAAAGAUGCAAGCUGUUGAUGGAUUUACUGAUCGUUCACAAAUGCAUAAGCAUCUUUUCAGCUGGCAACGGUGGCUACUGUUGCCUCCUACACCAGCUUGUAGCAUUUCCAUUUCAAACCAGCUGGAAUCUGAUGACUCUGUUGUGUUAGUUUCUCUCGGUUUCUCCGGAUUAGCAAAUUAAAUCGGUGUAGUCAGGAGCAUGUCGUGAACAAAGCUGAUUGGGAAAGGAGAAUAAGAUUUUUCUACUUCUAUA